UUAGUGAAAAACAUUGUUUAAUAAUAGUUUAUUAUGGAAACAAAGUAUUCAGCUAUGUUACUCCUACUAUAUCUCAUGGGGAACACAAUGGUUGAGGGAAAAACACAAGUUUCUGUUCAAUUUACAACAUUCCGCAAUCCUCGUUCUAAAGAUUAUGAUGGCGAGUGUUGCGACAACCUUGGAAGUUUGUGGUGUUUUAUAGAAUGUGAUAACUGGUUUAAGUUUUGUUUCACUACAUUACCUAUUGAUAGCAAAAAACCAUGUAUUUACAAUGUCACAACAUAUGUUUUGGGGCAUGAUAGUUUCUACUUUUGGUUUGGUCAAAGUAUUGGAAAAAAUGUUUAUAAUCCAAUUCAGUUUUUUUACGAUGGAAGCUUUAAAGGUUUUGGUUUUAAAGGUGAAGUAUGGGAUGAUGAUAGCAAAAACUUUUUGGGAGUUGGAAGAGCCGAUGAUUUAGUUGAUAAAUACUUUACAAACAUAGAUGUUUCACCAGUAUCUAAGGAAGUUCAAGCUUUAGUUAAUGGAAGGCGUACUAACCUUGGAAUGCUGAUUAGGACAAGUUGUGUGAAAGAUUGGUAUGGUAAAGAUUGUGACAACUAUUGUUCAUUGCAAGAAAGUGAUAAAGGUCACUUCACAUGCAAUCCUGUCACAGGUGCAAAAAAAUGUAAUACAGGAUGGAGUGGUCAUUUUUGUGAUGAAGCAAUUUGUGCUAAGAACUGCGACCAAGGAAACUGCUCAAUACCAGGAGAUUGCAAGUGUUUUGAAGGAUGGCAAGAUAGCGAUGAUGGAAGAUGUAACAAGUGUUUAAAAAGAAGUGGUUGUGUAAAUGGUUAUUGUAUCAAAGGCAAUGAUUGUAUCUGUCAUGAUAAAUGGAGUGGGUAUCUUUGCGAUGAAGACUUGGAUUCAUGCAGAAACUUGCCUUGUGAAAAUGAUGCCAAGUGUCUGAAUAUUGGUCCCAAUAGUUUUACUUGUAAUUGUAAUGAUGGUUAUUAUGGCAAAAACUGCUCUCAAGAGCUUAACGCUUGUGUUAUCAAUCCAUGUCAAAAUGGAGCUGCGUGCAUAAACAAAAGAACUGAUUAUAUUUGCUCUUGUCCUCCAGGGUAUGAUGGCAAGAACUGCUCUAUAAACAUAGAUGAUUGUGCCAAUAACUUGUGUCAAAAUGGUGGAACCUGUAUUGAUGGAGUUAACUUUUACACAUGCAAAUGUUUACCUGGAUGGGAAGGCACAUUCUGUAUAAUUAAUAUUGAUGAUUGCUUAGUUAAUGAAUGCAAACACAACUCAACAUGUCAAGAUGGUAAUGCAAACUAUAGCUGCUUAUGUCGGAGUGGUUAUAAAGGUGAAAGAUGUGAAAUCAAUAUUGAUGACUGUAAUCCAAAUCCCUGCUUAAAUGGAGGAAAUUGCACUGAUAAAAUUAAUUCAUUUGAAUGUAACUGCUCAGCUGGGUUUCUCGGAAGAACUUGUUCUAGUAAAGUUGAUUACUGCUUUGAUAAUCCAUGUGGAGAGUAUGGAAACUGCACAAGUGUUAAUAACAACUACAUAUGCAGUUGUAAACCAGGGUUUGGUGGCAAAAAUUGUGAAACUAAUAUUGAUGAUUGUGUCUUGGGUAUAUGCAACAAUGGGACUUGUAUUGAUGAAAUUAAUUCCUAUAAAUGCAAAUGUAAAGAUGGUUUUGAAGGUUCAACGUGUAAUAUAAAUAUUGAUGAUUGUGCCAAGAAAGAAUGCUUAAAUAAUGCAUCUUGUAUUGAUGGUAUUAAUGAUUACACAUGUGUUUGUAAUCCUGGAUGGAUUGGUAGAACUUGUUCACAAAACAUAAAUGACUGUGUUAUUCCAUGUGCUUCUGGUCAGGUUACUGACUUGGUGUGCACAAAAUCUCCAUGUGAAAAUGGAUUAUGUGUUGAUCUUGUUAAUAAUUUUUCUUGCAACUGUUUUCCUGGGUUUAAAGGGCGGUUUUGUGAUUUAAAAAUAAAUCACUGUGCAGAAAAUAAUUGUUUAAAUGGUGCAACUUGUAUUAAUCAGUUAGAAGAUUAUAUCUGCAUUUGUCCUGUUGGAUAUUCUGGUAAAAACUGUAGUAUCAACAUAAAUGAUUGUUUGCCAGAUCCAUGUUCUAAAGUUGGUUCAAGAAAGUGUUUUGACGGAAUAGCUUCAUUUAAAUGUGAUUGUAAAGAUGGAUUUACAGGAACACUCUGUGAUGAAAAUAUCAAUGACUGUGAUCCUCGAAAAGAUGUUAAUGUUAUAGAAGGAAUGGAUUUGACAUCAUGGGGGCUUUGUGGUCAACAUGGUGUUUGUGUGGAUUUAAUAAAUUCAUUUCAAUGUAACUGUUCUAAAGGUUUUGAUGGAAAAUAUUGCCAAAUAGACAUCAAUGAAUGUUCUCUUAAUCCUUGUAAUAAUGGAGGCUCUUGCUUUGAAGUAGAAACUGACUCAAGAUUUUAUUGUGUAUGCCAACCUGGUUUCUCAGGUCACACUUGUGAGACUGAUAUAAAUGAAUGCUUGAAAAAUGAUUGCUGUUCCAACUCUGAUUGUGUUGACUUGGUCAAUGGUUACAUGUGCAAAUGUAAAAAUGGUAUGAAAGGUAUUGAUUGUUGUUCAGCAUCAUCGUGGUGUGUAAACAAUAAUACAUGUUUUAAAAAUGGCGUCUGCAAAGAAGGAAAUGAUACAUUUGUAUGUGACUGCUUUCCUGGCUUUACUGGACAGAGAUGUGAAUCAGACAUUAAUGAGUGUGACACAAAUAAAUGUGAGGGAGGAUCAACUUGUUUGAAUCUCUAUGGAAACUACACAUGUUUAUGUCCUCCUGGAAAAACUGGGUUUGAUUGUAAAUCAGAAAUUGAUGAUUGUAUUAACGUAGUUUGUUUAAAUAAUUAUACAUGUAUUGAUCAAUCACUGUCAUUCAGAUGUGAUUGUCCUUUAGAAGGUUUUACACAGCCAUUUUGUCAAGAUAUUGAUGAGUGCACGCAAUUAACACACAACUGUUCAAUUGAUCGUAAAUGUGUAAAUACAGUUGGUGGAUUUCGAUGUGAUUGUGCAGAUGGAUGGACAGGAGAUAAAUGCCAGAUUAGUGUUGAUGAUUGUAUUUCUAAUGAAUGUAUGGCGAACCACACAAUCAGUUGUAUUGACUAUCAUAAAUCAUACAAAUGUGAUUGUUUUGGUCAAUGGGAAGGACCUUUUUGCACUGAAAGAAACACCUCAUUAAUGGAUACUUGUGGAUGUAAAAAUGGUGUUUGUGUAUUAACAAAAGAAAAGUUAAAAGUUUGUCAAUGUGAUAAUGGCUUCAAAGGUUCAAAAUGCACUCUUUCUACUUAUUCCGCUGCAGAAAGAAUUACUGAUAAUUCCCCUGUCAUAAUUGGUACUUCAGGAGUUGUACUUUUGGUUGUCAUUGCUGUUGUUUUAAUUUUAUUUUUAAGAAGAAAAAGAAGUCUCAGAACUGUAAAAAGAAAACUUUUGAGGAACUCGAGCAAUCCUGAAUUAGAGGUUAAAAAGCAAAUGUAUGAUAAUCCAUUAUUCAGUGCAACCAUGAACAACUCAGCUUACGAUUCACAGUAAAAUAAAUACGAAAUCCAGAAGUGCGACGAUAUUUUUUGGAAUAUAAAUCCAUCUCUCUAAUUAAAGAAAACUAAAACAAAUAAAAAUUUAAAUAUUUUCUUA